AUGGACAUUGGCCCGUGUGAUGAGCAGAAGCCAGUGUGCUCGCGAUGCUCCAAGUUCCCCAGGUUUUGCGUGUACGAUCUGAGCAUAGUCAGAAAGCAGUUCACGGCUCCUAAACCCAUCAUCCUCGCAGACGCGCCGCCCACAGACGUCCAAAGCAGGACGCAGCGAGCCUCGCCAGCGGCGGCGGCUUCAACGCCAGGCCUAUUGACGUACCGACCGGCGGCGUUCCCUAUGCUGCGCACCGAUCGGCACCGCUUCCACUUUGACCACUUCAUCGCCCACACGGUCAAUAUUUACUUCCCCCUCCAGCCGGCCACGACCCUCGAGUUCGUCAUCCCCGUAGCGGAGACGCACGACUACAUGCUCGGCGCCCUCCUAGCCGCAAGCUAUAGUCACUACUACCGCCUCGCGGGCAACGAAGUCUCGCGCACCUCCUCCAUAACGGCGACCGUCGAAACGCUGGCAGGUCUCCGAAGCGCCAUGACAAAGGGCGGCGAAAGCGUGGCCUUCCUCCCGACAGCGCUCCUCUUAGCAACGACGUGUCUCUGCGCCGGCGACACGGAAACGCACCGCAAGCACCUCGACGGCGCUAUCCUCAUCGUACGACAAGACGGGCGGCGACACAGGUCCAACCCGCUGUGGGCGUUCAGUCUCAGGUGGCUCAUCCACCUGCUCCUGAUGAACAGAGUCUCGGGGCAGCCCCUGACGCACCAGCAAGAGACCUACGGACUGGACUGGGGCCUGCUGCUCCAGAGCAUGCCUGCCUCGAGCCACGUCGACGAAUCCACCGGCCUCUCGUACCAUCUCGUCUCGAUCCUCAACGAAGUCUGCGACCUGUCCGAGAUGGACCUCCCAGUGCCGGCGCAACCCUCAUCCCCUUCAGCCUGUCCGCUGACCGAAACGGCGGCAACCUGUCCCUUCGUAUCCAUGUCAGCUGCCGAUGCCCCCUCCUCCCUGGAAACGCGUCUAGCAGGCGUCCGAUCCAGCGCGCUUCCGGCCGUCCAGGCCACCACCGUUCAGGCGCAGACAGAACUGCGCAGCACGCACGCUCUGUUUGCAGACGCGACCCUUCUAGGCCUCUACCGCCGCGUGCACGCCCUCCCCAAGCAUCACCCCAAAGUCCAGUCGACGGUCGACCGCAUGAUCUCCUCCCUCUGCGCCAUGGAAAAACAUUCCCAGGCGAAUAUCCCGCUCCUCUGGCCCUUGCUCGCAGCAGGGUGUGAGGCCGCGACGGACGAGCAACGACUCUUCCUCGCUGACAGGAUGACGGCCAUGGGCUCGCACGGGCUGGGGAAUUGUCUCAUCGUGCUGAGAUUUAUGCAAAGGUACUGGGCUGAAGGGGGAGACUCCAAGUGGAACGAAUUUGCCAGAGAGAUAGGCGUGGAUCUGGUGCUCUUUUGA